AUGAACACCAUUUCUUGCUCAAAGGUCUUCCUUGUGCUGCUUGUAAGUCUCUUCCCAAUCCAAAUUCUUGCUCAAAAUGCGAUCUUAGCAGUUUGUGAUGAAGUCACGUUCAAGGUAUUGUGCAAAGAUACUCUUCAAUUGGAUCCGACGAGUACGUCGGCUACUAGUUUUGAAGACGUAGCCGCAAUUAUACUAAAGAAUACAACAUCUACAGCAACCCAAAUAAGUGACCAAUUCACAAACCUGCUCAACAAAAGAGUAUAUAGCGGCAGUAAGGUUGCCCUGGUAAAUUGCAUUAAGGACUACCAAGAUGCAAUCAGAAAACUUGCAGAUACGAGCAAAGCCCUGCAAUCUAGGAACUACAAUGAUAUUAAGACAGGGAUGAUAGCCGCCCAGGAUGACGGUCUCUCAUGUGACAAAGACUUCAGGGAUUUUGCAAGAAAUGACCAGUAUCUAGGAGCCAAUCAGGUUAAAACAUAUAUCAUGCUUUGCAGCAUUGUCUAUCAAUUGACUAUCAAUUGA